AUGGCGGACCUGUAUGACCUGUUGCUUUUCUCAGCAGAGUCGUCACUGGAAUGUAGCACAGACAGCCCUGACAGUCCUCAUCACUUGCCGGGGUUCCUGGUCUUCCGGGUUCCGAGCACUCGGACGGAGAGAGAGAUGUCGGCAACGGUGCAACCAGCAGAGCUUCUCGCGCAGGAGCUGAGCUGUGCGAUCUGUCUACAGCUGUACCAAGACCCUGUUUCCCUGCCGUGCGGACACAGCUACUGCCUGGGCUGCAUGCACUCUGUCCAAAGGUCGUGCGCACCAGGCAGCCCGCCAUGCUGUCCCGAGUGCCGGCAGCCGUUCGAGAGUCCCGAGGGGUUGCCCAGAAACUUCAAGCUCAGCGGGAUCGUCGACGGCUUCCGCGCGGCCGUGUCGGGCGGCGGUUUAGCAGCCAAGGAGGAGACUGUGCCCUGCCAGCAGUGUCUGGAGAGCACAGUCCCUGCCGCGAAGACCUGCGUGCGCUGCAACACUCCGCUGUGCCAGGCGCACCUGAGCCGGCACCUGGAGCAGGCCCAAUCCUGCGCGCACGCCAUGACGGACCCCGUGUCCGAACCCGGCGUGAGCAGCUGUCCCAAACACAGGUGCGAGGUGGAGUACGUGUGCACGCACGACCACGUCCUCCUCUGCAUGGAGUGCUUGCUGGAAGGGAUGCACCAGGAGCACGGCGUCCAGACGCUGGAAGCAGCCAAGAGCGACCUGAGGCGGGUGGUGGAGGUGCUGGGGAAGAGCACCUCCGACCGGCUGCAGAUGGCGGAGGUCCUGCUCCGGAGCGCUCGGGACAGGAGCAGGACCUUGGACAACACCUCGGAGCUGCUCGCAGCCAGGGCAACAGUCGUUCUAGACAACAUGAGCACACACAUAACGGCCUACAAGGAGCGUAUGACAGCCCUGGUGGAAGAUGAGCUGAAGGCGUACGAGAAGGCGUGGCAAAGUAGCGUGGCCACCCUGAGUGAGUACCAGCAGCAGCUGAGUGAGGCGCAGGGCGUUGCCGAGAGCCUCCUCACCUCGCCGUCCUCAGAUGUUCUCUUCAUCUCCUACUACCGGGCCCUGGAGCCGCAGCUACGUCAGGCGGCCGGCGCGGCGGUGCCGGCGCUCCCCGCGGCUCAGCAAGCCGACACCAGACGCCUGCGAGCCACUCUGGCGACAGACGACUUCCGCUCUGAGAUCAGCAACCUGCUCCAGUGCCUCCUGAGCCUGACCAAUCCGCUGGAGUUGACCUUCAACCCUGACACGCGUCACCCGAGCCUCAUGCUCUCCACCGACCACCAGACGGUGAGGCACAGGGGCAGGGCCAAGUCCAGCCUGAAGGAGCGCGCAGAGGGUUUCGUCACUGCCACGCAGGUCCUGUGUCAGCAGGGCUUCACGCGCGGGAGCCACGUCUGGGCCGUGGAGCUGGGCUCUGGGUGCACGUGGGCAGCGGGACUCUGCUACGGGACCAUCCCGCGCAAAGGGGAGCGCAGUAAGCUGGGUCACAACGCUGUCUCCUGGAGGCUGCAGUGGAAAAAUAAGAACCUGACAGCAUGCCACGACUCGGUGAGCACCACGCUGACUGAGGUGUCUGUGGUACCGCCCAAGAGGCUGGAGGUGGCGCUGGACUAUGACGGCGGCACACUGGCCUUCUACAGCAUCGGUGUCAAAGGGAGUAAACAGCAUCUCCACACGUUCAGAGCCACAUUCAAGGAAGCAGUUUACCCCGCCUUUGGACUGUACUCUGCAACCGAAGAGUCCUGGAUCACACUGGUCAAUGGCAUGUGA